AUGGUGCUUAAAUCAGCAUCAAUUGCUGUGCUUGCCACAGUCGCUGGAGCAUCGGGUUUUGUGCUGGGUCCUUUUGGAGGUGCACAGAAGCCAAUCGGUGGCCAAGACGCCAUCACCAACGACUUUACAUGCGAUCUCCCACCUGUUCUCACACCAAAGAACGAUGGACUUCCUGAUGCCAACAGUCUUUUUUCAUCUAAAGAGGCUUUUGAUGCACAAGUAAAGCGGCAUCAGACCAUUGUUCGUGUUCCGUCCAUCUGUUAUGAUGAUCUUGGUGAUGUAGAUAAAGAUGAGCGGUGGGCACCAUUUUACGAUUUACACGAUGCUUUAGCCAAGACCUAUCCCGCCAUCCACAAACAUGCCAAACUUGAAAAGGUCAACAAGUUUGGCCUUGUCUAUACAAUAGCUGGAAGCGACUCGUCUCUCAAGCCCUAUCUCCUCGCAGCUCAUCAAGACGUCGUGCCCGUACCGGACCCAUCGACUUGGACUCAUCCUCCUUUCGACGCCUAUUUUGACGGCGAGUGGCUAUGGGGCCGCGGUUCGUCAGACGACAAGAACAGUCUUACAGCUCUCAUGUCAGCCAUUGAGACACUACUCACCAAAACUGAAUGGUCACCUAAGCGCACCUUGAUCCUGGCCUUUGGUUUCGACGAAGAGUGCUCUGGUCCUCGCGGUGCCGCUAAGAUCGGAGAGGUCUUGACAGAACGAUAUGGCGAUAAUGGAAUUCCCUUUAUUCUUGAUGAGGGCGGUUCCGGAGUCCAACUCAUCGAUGACACGCUCUAUGUCCUUCCUUCAGUGCAGGAGAAAGGCGCCAUUGACAUCUGGGCCGAACUCCGUACCAAGGGCGGCCACAGCUCUAUUCCUCACCCACACACUGGCAUCGGAAUCAUGUCCGAGAUUGUCUCUGCCCUCGAAGCAAACCCCUACUCACCUGUCAUUGUCAAAGACAGUCCCGUGUACAACCACCUCGUGUGUCUAGCACGCCACUCUCCAGACGCUCACCCCAAGCUCAACGAACUUCUCAAGAAGGAUGACCUGGACAAGUUGACCACUGAGCUCAUCCGUCUCAACCCAAGCGCAAAGUUCACCGUUCAGACAACGCAAGCCGUCGACAUUAUCAGCGGAGGUCAAAAGAUCAACGCCAUGCCUGAGAUUGUCACCCUGGGCGUAAACUACCGUGUUGCGCCACAGGAUAGCCACGAAAAGGUGCAGAGGCAGUUUCUCAAGAGCAUCGAUUCUGUAGUGCACAAGUAUAAUCUCAGCGUGAAUGCGUACGAGGGCGAUGAAAAGUACCAUGCGUUUGCCGGCACUGUUAGCGAGACAGGAUACGACUACGAUGGCCAUCUCAAACUCACAGCCGUGAGAAACUCUGUCGUCACACCUGUUUCUCCAACGAGCGGACCUAUCUGGGAUAUCUUUUCAGGAACAAUUCAGCACAGCUUUGCUUUUGACGGCGGAAAGGUUGUGCCUGUGGGUGAAAUCAUGACUGGCAACACCGACACCAGACAUUACCUGAACCUUUCACCAAACAUCUAUCGAUGGACACCAAGCCGACAGCGUGGUUCAGAAAACAUCCACACAGUCGACGAGAGAAUCAGGAUAGACUCGCACAUCGACAUUGUCAAGUUUUACUAUGAUUUGAUCCGCAACUUUGACGCGGCAGACUUUUAA